CAGGACGGGGGUCGGUGUCGUCGUCGGUGGGCAGCAGCGGGCAGCGGCGCGCCAUGGGCGAUGGCGGGGGGCCGGAGGAUUUCUCUUCAGAGCCUACCGAAAAUGGACUGCAGCCAUGCGAAGAACCUCUCCUCAGAAAGAGUUCUCGGCGAUUUGUCAUUUUCCCAAUCCAGUACCCUGAAAUCUGGAAAAUGUAUAAACAAGCACAGGCAUCUUUCUGGACAGCCGAAGAGGUUGACUUAUCAAAGGAUCUUCCUCACUGGAACAAGCUGAAAUCAGAGGAGAAAUAUUUUAUCUCUCAUAUCUUGGCAUUUUUUGCAGCGAGCGAUGGAAUUGUAAAUGAAAAUUUGGUGGAACGCUUUAGUCAGGAGGUGCAAGUUCCAGAAGCUCGCUGCUUUUAUGGCUUUCAGAUUCUUAUCGAGAAUGUUCACUCGGAAAUGUACAGUUUGCUAAUAGAUACUUAUAUCAAAGAUCCCAAGAAAAGAGAAUUCUUAUUCAACGCAAUUGAAACAAUGCCCUUUGUCAAGAAGAAAGCAGAUUGGUCUCUGCGAUGGAUAGCAGACAGGCAAUCCACUUUUGGGGAAAGAGUGGUUGCCUUUGCGGCUGUGGAAGGAAUCUUCUUCUCCGGAUCCUUUGCUGCCAUAUUUUGGCUGAAGAAGAGGGGUCUUAUGCCUGGAUUAACUUUCUCUAAUGAACUCAUAAGCCGAGACGAGGGCCUUCACUGUGAUUUUGCUUGCCUGAUGUUUCAGUACUUAGUGAAGAAACCUUCGGAAGAUAAGGUCAAGGAGAUCAUUAUUGAUGCAGUUGAAAUUGAGCAGGAGUUUUUAACAGAAGCUUUACCAGUUGGUCUGAUCGGAAUGAAUUGCACUUUGAUGAAACAGUACAUUGAAUUUGUGGCAGAUCGAUUACUUGUGGAACUUGGAUUCUCAAAGGUCUUUCAUUCCGACAAUCCAUUUGACUUCAUGGAGAAUAUUUCUUUAGAAGGGAAGACAAAUUUCUUUGAGAAACGAGUCUCUGAGUAUCAGCGUUUUGCAGUAAUGUCAGAAACAACAGACAAUGUCUUCACCUUGGAUGCAGAUUUUUAAAGCAUUUCUUUAAAUGCCCCCGUCUAAACUGUCAGCGAUGUUCUGUUUUUAGAGCUCUCUCUUUUCUUUUUUUUUUUUUCCCCAUGGGGAGCUUUACUGUACAUCUUUUAUGAGAGCAGAAAAAAACCAGUUAGCUUGACUUCUGAGAAAAGGGUGGCAGAGUCAUACAUGCCCGGUGGUUCCUGUGGGCCUGCGGAGUCCUGCACCUGCCUCACAAACAGCUAGGCACCAAGUUCAAUGUAUUUUCUGGAGGCCUAGGUCAUCUGGCAGAGCACUAAAAAGAGAAAAAAACCAUAAGAGAAUCCCAGUAAAUGUAGAAGUUGACAGGCCUGAUGAAGUAUUUAAAGCCUACCAUACAUUCACCUAUUUCAUGUCAAAGACAACACGUGUUUCUGUUGGAUGCCAUAUUUUUUUUUUAGUUUUUAAUUACUGUAUCUCUCUUUGACUAACUUUUUGAGGUCUUAUUCGUUGCAACCUUGGGCGACACUCAGGUAAGGCAGUGUUAGAGGUAAUGGUUGCAAGAAUGCAUUUCAAAAUAACUGGAACAGCAGAUUGUACUAGGUCAAGUUUAUUCCAGUUAGAGGCAACUGAAGUGAACCCUCUAUGACUCCGUGCCGAUCCUUGUCCUGAAAGUUCUGUGGCUAUUCAGCUGUAAAUAUUAGAAGAGCAAAGCUAGGAAAAUCCUCCAAAUGCAGGUACAAUUCGAAGCUGCAAUCAAAAGGCGGAAAUGUAGCUAUUCUAUAUAUAUUUUGUCUCCAUUACUGUUACCUGUGGCGAUCGUGCUAUCAAAUUAAGCCUGACAAAUCCUUACUCUGCUUCCUUAACCUCACCGUCAGGUGAGGUAGCAUUCACGUAGAGGGAAAAACUGUCUUUCUUCUGCGUCGGCUAUUAUUUAAAGACAGAUGUUAUGCAAUAAGAAUAAUUUAUUAAUUGGUUUUAAAAUUCAACAUUAUGAGUGACAGAAAGUUUUGAAGUGUUCCUAUACUUUCUAUUGAACUCAAAAUUUUAAGUAUUGGUCAGUGCCUUAGUAUGAAGCAUAUUUAUAUUAGUAAUACAAUCAAGUAUUGGGGAAAUGGUCUAAUGCUGAGAUUCUUACUUUUAAUAUGUUGGCAUAUUAUCUGUGACCUUAGGAGGCCAUGAAGUACAUCCCCCUGCCUCCUGCAUUUCAAUGUAUAACAUAAGUAGCUGAAAAUCCCUAUUACCGUAUAGGAACCAACCAAAGCUCGGCUUGACAGCAGUGUUAUUUUUAAUUAUAAAAUUCAUACUUUGAUAUCUUCGAGGUUUCCUUUACCAUUACCGUCUUUCUCUCUUUUUAUCAAUGAAAGCAGGCAAAGAAUCUAAAUAAAUUUGAUCAGUAGAGAAAACGCGAAUUGGUAGAACUUAGCACUUUGUGAUUCUGUCUGAUAACAUUGGCCUUUCUGUCCUCAAUACCUUCUAUUGUCCAUGUUCUUGCCAUAUACUAGGUACUGACUUCUACUGACUUUUGAUGACUUAGAAUAGUGCUAAGGGAGAAAGGACAUAGACGUGUAUUCCAUAUCAUCCAGUCUGUAUCCCAGCCAGAUUGCUAAUGCUGCUGCCCACUGAAUGUUGCUUGCCCACUGAGGAAUGGAAUGAUAAUUGUUUUAGAAAUCCAUAUCAUUCUGGUCUUCUUUUUCUCUGGGCUAAAUCAGAUAAGAGAAUAUGGAGUGGGAAUUAGCUCCCCAUAUUUCACCAGGUUUUUCGGUGUUCUCCUCGAUUGGUUCGAUACUCGUCUACGGGAGACGGAAAAUCUGAAAUCACUGAGGCCCUCGUUGGCCCUGUCAUGGGAAGAGGACUUCAGCCUUCCGAUCUCUCAACUGGAUUUUUUUUUUCUUAAAAGAAAAACGUAGACUCAACUGUAGCAAAAUCCCAUAUGCUUGAGCUGUUAAAGGAAAGAAGAAUUCUUAAACUUUUAAGCUUUAUUUAAUGUGGUGGUGUUAACUUGUGUAUUUACCUUUUGGUUGUAUAUUGACAACUUGUUUGAUUUUCUGGUAGAUGUACAUAAUUAGCCAAUGAGAUUUAUUGACCCAUUGGGUUUCAAACACUGUACUGGAUGCUGUAUACCUAAACCACGGUUUUUUGCAGGACAUAAACUUUGGUAAUCAGGCUGUGUCUGUGUAAAAUUCAGAUUUUCAAAGAAACGAUAAGAAUAUUUUGGUUUUGGUUUCUUUUUCAUUACAAAGUUUAAUGUAAUUGAAAUAAAAACCCAGAGAAAUCCCA